UUAUUUAUAGUAACACCAGCUUAUCUGCGUCAGUGUUGAGGCAAAGUGUGAACAGAGAGGACGUUCAAGAAACCAACUGCACACAGGAAGUCUUCUCAAAAGGGUAUCGUGAAUCGAGGUCAGACCACAAAUCACGAGACGACGCAGCACACGUGACACACCACAAGUCUUGAGUCGACACCCGAGUACACACACGAGAAUAAACAAACACAGUAUCGGGCCUAAGCCGCUAUGAGAAGAACCACAAAACCUUUUGUGCUGAUGUAACCAAUGCCGUGAAGACAGCUUUCUUCAAUAUACAUCGCUGAAGAACCACAUCUAUGAGUCAUUUUUCUGGCUGAGCAAGAAACAUUAACCUGUAAAGAUGUAAAGAGUUAACACAUUCACACUCCGCCACGAAGCCACUAAGAAAUAUGAAAAAUGAGAUGCGCUUCCACACGUACAGCACCAUUUCAUGUGGACUGCAUUUUUCCUGAAACUGCGAGAGAAGUAAAUGGCCUAUCAGUCCAGUUUAAUCCAGACAACGGACCACAAAGGUUGGUGGUAGGCUGCACACUACAAGAUGGGCUGGACUGCUAUCACGAAGCUGGAUUUACCACCAGUCUGAAAGAUUCUACACAUGCUGAAAUCACAUUGCCUGAAAACUUCAUACAUGAGUCUGGAACCUUCUCUUGCCAGAUACCAGGCUUGUCUAUAGAUGAAAUAACAACAUGCCGAUGGCCUCCUCAAGAAAACGUGACUCACUUCAUCCCAGAACUAAGUCAAUCUGGAAAUGGAGUCACCAAUGGUAUGGUAGCAGGUGUCGCAGUAGGAGUAGUUCUUUGCAUAGUUAUUUUCGCCAUCGUUUUUCUGGUGCUGUACAAGAAACUUCCGGCUUUCAGGAGGAGGCUGACAUUUCUGGGACGAGGGACAGAUAGAUCAAGAGGAGAUAUAAUUGUUGUCAUGGACGGGAACAAUUCCCCCCAGUGCAAUGAUCAACCCGAGCAAGAGAAGAUUAGUGUGAAUAAAUCGGAACAAACAAACUGCAAAACUGAGACUCCCGUGAGCGACUAUUCAUCAAAUGAACCUUUAUUAAGCAGUGACGAGUCUCUUACUAUUGCACCAAGACAAAAUAAGUAGUUCCAGCAGAAGUUACAAGUUAUUUUGCAGGUUAAACAUAUCAGUAUUGGUUGAUCUCCAAACAAAAGUUUGCUGUGAUGAACUGCCUCUACACUCUCUAAAUAAUUUUCCAAAAGAAACAACUUUACGACAUUAAUUGAUUUCUGUUGGAAGGCUGAUCAGCCUUCAUCAGUUGACCAUCUUGUCAUGGAAUAUCUGUGUGUAUGAAGGAUGACAUGUGUGGAUGGUUCAUGUUAAUUAUGGUGAGUACUAUCUGUUGGUUAGGCUUUCUUAGUCAGUUAUGAGAGUGAUGUCCUUUUGUCUUACCGGUGUGGUUUUAAAUGUGUGUGUCUGUGUCUGUGUGUGUGUGUGUGUGGUGGGGGUUUUGGGUUCAUUUGUUGUGAAUCUCCUUUCUAGUUGUCUGUAGUCUUCUGGUUUUCAUCUACAGCCUUCAGCUAAGCCAUCGGUUGUCUGCCUCCUUUUUUUUCAUGCACGAACGGUUUCUCUCUACAAUUGGCUGGUGAGAAGGUCACACAUAGUCUUGUGAUAUAGUCUCUCUGCUUUGUUGUUGUAUUCAUCCAAGCAAUCUCGGGUUGUUUUAAUGCAUACAAAAGACAAGGUCCAAAUAUUAAUUGAUUUGCUUUUAUCAUCGAUUACUUUUGACCUUGUUGACCUGAACAACGUGAAACUGAGAACUGUAACCCCAGUUAUCUGACUCUGAAAAGAUGCUACACCACUCCACUUGCUAUUUUGGACUACUGUGAUCAGUUGAACUGAUUUGAUAUUCUUGCAAUAAAGAAAGGAAAAUCU